ACUGUAAAACCAGCUUUGAGUUUUAACCUGAAGUCAUUCACUGCUGCCACUAUGAGCUGCGGCUCCAAGCAGACCUCCAAAAGCUGCCUGCGAGGGAGCGGUGGUGGCAGUGCUAGCAGCUGCGGUGGUGGAGGGGGCAGUAAGUACUCCUCUGUCUCCUCGAGAAGAUACACCUCUUCCAGAAGCAGCGGUGGUGGCAGGACUUCGGGUAGCAGUUGUGGCGGAGGAAGUUCCAGGAGCAGCUGUGGAGGGGGAGUGAGCGGUGGUAGUUGUGGCAGGAUCACGCGCAGUAGCUAUGGAAGGGGAAUGAGCAGUGGUAGUUAUGGAGGGGGACUGAGCUGUGGUGGUUAUGGAAGGAGAAUAAGCGGUGGCUGUUAUGGAAGGGGAACGAGCGGUGGCUUUUAUGGAGGGGGAAUGAGCAGUGGUGGUUAUGGAGGCUGUGGCAGUAUGGGAGGAGGCUUUGGAUCAGGUGGAAGCGGGUUUGGUGGUGGUUACGGAGGCAGCUUUGGCGGAGGUGGUGGUGGUUUCAGUGGCGGUAGCUUUGGCAGUGGUGGCUUUGGUGGAGGUGGUGGUGGUUUCAGUGGCGGUAGCUUUGGCAGUGGUGGCUUUGGUGGAGGAAAUACAGGACUUCUCUCCAGUGAUGAAAAGCUGACCAUGCAGAACCUUAAUGACCGCCUGGCUUCUUACCUGGAUACGGUCAGAAAUUUAGAAAAGGAAAAUAUUCAGCUUGAACAAUUAAUCAGAGAAUGGUAUCAGCAGCAAGGUCCUACUGGUACAAAGGACUACAGCCACUACUACAGAACGAUUGAAGACCUUCAAAAUCAGCUUGUGACUGCAACCGUGGAAACUAACAGGAUACUGUUGGACCUGGAUAACACAAAGAUGACUGCAGAAGACUUCAGGAUAAAGUAUGAGACCGAGUACGGUCUCCGGCAGAGUGUGGAGGCUGACAUUAAUGAGCUGCGACCCUUGCUGGAUGAUCUGACCCUGAGCAGGUCUGACCUGGAAAUGCAGUUUGAGUCCCUAAGGGAGGAGCUGAUCGGCCUCAAGAAGGACCAUGAGGAGGAAAUGAAAUCGCUGCAAACACAGUCGAGUGGUGACGUGAAUGUGGAAGUCAACGCCGCGCCGGGAGAGGAUCUGCUGACAAAACUGAAUGACAUGAGACAAGAAUAUGAAAGUAUUAUCCAGAAAAACCGUGAAGAGGUUGAAAGGUGGUAUGAAAGCAAGAUGGAGGAGGUGAGUCAACAAGUCCACUCAAGUGGCCAGGAAUUAGAAUCAAGUAACCAACAGAUCUCUGCACUGAGACGUGAAUAUCAGAGCCUGGAAAUCGAGCUGCAGUCUGAGCUCAGCAUGGUACAGUCUUUGCAGACCAACUUGGAAGACACGGAGCGCCGCUACAACGUGCAGCUGCAGCAGAUCCAGGGUAUGAUCGGCCCCUUGGAGGAGGAGCUGGCCAGCAUCCGGUGCGAGAUAGAGAGCCAGAACGAAGAGUACAAGAUGCUCCUGGGCAUCAAGACCCGCCUGGAACAGGAGAUCGCUCAGUACCGGGCACUGCUUGAGGAGGGGCAGCACAAUAUUACCACCUCCCAGGGAGGAGCUGCUGGUGGUUCUGCCGGCGGAGGAAGACACGGAGGAGUUAUCGGCUCUUCUGGAAGAGGAAGUCCUGGAGGAGGAAGUUGUUGGUCCUCAGGUGGAGGAAGUAGUGGAGGAAGAUCUGUGGAAGAAACCUACGGAAGAACUUCUGGAGGUGGAGGAGAGAGUGGAGGAAUAAGAGGUGGAGCCUGUGGCAGAACUUCAGGUAGAGGAGGUGGCAGUGGUGGAGGAGAAGGGGGAAAAUCAUGCAUCUCCCACUGUUCAUCUUCCCAAUCCCAGUCUGGCAACUCUUGUGAAAGCCAAGGAGGCCCCUUGAAGCUCUGUCUGGAAGGGAAUAAAACACUGGAGAGAGGAGCAACAAUGGAAGAAGUGUCCGAAGCCAUAAAAACCAUGAAGCUGGGGAGUUUCAGAAAGUCUGAGAACUGAUCGGCAGAACCAGCACCUUCCACUGCAGAACCGACCCGGGGGCCUUGGACCAAGCAAGAACGUACCCAGCAUGUCUGAUCAGGCCUCUGCAAAUACCUGUUCGAGUUACUCAACACUGUUCAUUCCAGGUGGCUCAUCCAAACUCUCUGGAUGACCUAACUGCUCCUUCUAUCUGUAUUUCUGUGCCUAAUCACUGUUUCCUGAGCUAACUUCUACCGCGAUUGGUAUUCUUCUGGGAAAAAAAAAGACUCCAAUAAAACUUUACUUUUCUUUGAUGCAACCAAAAAGCCUUGUCUGCAAGUA